AAAAUCCCUAAAAGAAGAUAGAAGCGGGUGCAGAAGGGACAUAUCGGCUCCGGCAAGCAAAACAAAUAUCUGCCUCCUCUGCGAGCUUUGCGUUAGAUCCGUUGAAGAUCUUAACUGCUCCAGUGGGAAGGAGAGGCAAUAAGAAAUGGCGGCUUUCGCGAAGCUGGAAGAUUCCCCUAUGUUCAGGAAACAGAUCUUUUCAUUAGAACAAGAAGCCGAUGAGUUAAAAGAGCGCUGCCAAAGGCUUCAAAAGGGAUGCAAGAGAUUUAUGAAUUCAAUUGGACAAGCAUUUGAUGCAGAUUUCACCUUCGCAGAGUCAUUAGAAGCUUUUGGUGCUGGGCAGGACGAUCCUACUAGUGUUGCUAUUGGAGGGCCUGUUAUGUCUAAGUUUACCACUGCAUUCAGGGAACUUGGCACUUACAAAGAACUUCUUCGGUCUCAGGUUGAACAUAUGCUUAGCGAUCGUUUGAUGCAGGUCAUCACUACUGAUAUGCAAAAUAUAAAGGAUUGUCGCCGAAGGUUUGAUAAAGCUACAUCAAGUUAUGAUCAGGCACGUGAUAAAUUCAUGUCUCUUAAAAAGGGCACUAAAAAAGACGUCGUUGCUGAACUGGAGGAGAAUCUUCACAACUCAAAAUCUUCUUUCGAAAGAUGUCGACUUAACCUAGUUAAUGCUCUUGCUAAUUUUGACGCAAAGAAAAAGUAUGAAUUCCUGGAAUCUAUUAGUGCAAUAAUGGAUGCUCAUCUGAGAUACUUUAAGCAGGGGUAUGAAUUGUUGAACCACUUGGAGCCUUUUAUCCAUCAGGUUUUAGCAUAUGCACAACAAUCAAAGGAAAUGGCCAAUGCUGAACAGGACAAACUUGAAAGAAGGAUUCAGGAGUUCAGGACUCAGGCUGAACUGGCUAGCUUAAGAGCAUUAAGUCAUGCAGAAACCUCAACGAGUAGUGAUGGUACUCUUUUUGUUGGUAGUAAUUCAUACAAGAAUAUAGAAGCUCUAAUGCAAUCUGCUGCAAAUGGACCGGUUCAAACAAUAAAACAAGGAUAUCUUCUUAAACGCUCAUCUGGUUUGAGAGGAGAAUGGAAAAGAAGGUUUUUUGUACUCGAUAGUCAUGGCAGAUUGUACUACUACAGAAACAAGCACAGUAAACAGCCGGUUGGAGAUAACAUAGGCUGUCGUACAGUAGAUCUUCAUACUUCAACAAUUAAGAUUGAUGCUGAACAAACAUAUCUGAGAUUUUGCUUCAGAAUAAUUUCACCACUGAAUACAUACACCUUCCAGGCAGAAAGUGAAGCAGAUAGGUUGGACUGGGUUGAUAAGAUAAAAGGAGUCAUUGCAUCACUUCUGAAUUCUUCAUUGACAAAGCAGCUUUCGAUGGGAAGUAUCAAUACACAAAACAGCAAGUUCUCUGACAGCUGUCAAGUUUCAUUGCUGGAUGGUAGCAUGAAUACCAUGGAAUAUGAUCAUGUGUCUAAGAUUCUUAGAUACAUUCCAGGAAAUGAUUCUUGUGCAGAAUGUGGUUCUCCUGAACCUGACUGGGCUUCAUUGAAUCUUGGAAUCCUUAUAUGUAUUGAAUGUUCAGGGGUUCACAGAAAUCUUGGUGUACAUAUAUCAAAGGUCAGAUCUCUUAUGUUAGAUGUAAAAGUCUGGGAACCAAUCAUCAUUGAUUUAUUUCAAGCUUUGGGUAAUUCUUACUGCAACUCGGUGUGGGAAGAAACACUUUUACUACGUGAUAAAAGAAUGGAUGAAUCAAAUGGUAAUUUAUUGUCCAUCAGCAAACCAACUUCUGGAGAUGCUUUUCCUGUCAAAGACAAAUUCAUACAGGCAAAGUAUGUGGAGAGGAUUAUGAUUUCCAAGGAUGGUAACCAGCCUGAUCUUCCUCCAGUCAAUGUCCGCAGCUGGGAAGCAGUUAAAAGUAGUAAUAUCCAAGCCAUGUAUCGGCUCCUUGUAGUGUCUGAUGCCAACCCUAAUACUAGUUACGAUGAUAUAAGCACCACCAGACAUUGCCACCAUGGGGAUGUUUCACUGAACGGUGAAAUGGAGAAUAUACAACUUGAUCUUUCAAAAUGCCAGAAAACAAUGGAUUCCUGUGAACUUACAAACGUUCUGGAGGGUUGUUCCUUGCUGCACUUAGCAUGCCAUAUUGGUGAUCCUGUCAUGGUGGAACUCCUGCUACAGUUUGGUGCUGACAUAAAUAAAAAGGACUUCCAUGGAAGAACCCCUCUUCACUGCUCUAUCUUUAGAAAGAAUGAUUCCCUCGCCAAAUAUCUAAUCAGAAGAGGUGCAAACACAUUGAUUAAAGAUAGUGGCGGCCUGACUUGUCUAGAGAGGGCUAUGGAAUUUGGAGCAAUAACUGAUGAAGAGCUGUUUAUAUUACUUACAGGCCGUGAGUAAGAUAAUCGUACAUUCUGCUACUCUAAUAUAAUGAAGCAAAAACUGUGUACUCUCAACUGCGAUGUCUAUAGCCCUCUUUAUAUUGGCUGACAAUUAUCAAAGACUUAAAGUUGAAGGUAAUUCCAUUUAUAUAUUUUUCUUAGUUCUGUCAUACCCUGCAGACUUGACCAUUCAAAACGUUUGUGAUAUUUCACUCUGUAACAUGAUUUUUUCAACAUUUUUUUUUAAAUAUUUACAGUGAUCUGAAAUUAUUCAACUUAUUAUGUAUCCUAAUAUAUUUUUCUUUAAUUUCAUUUAAAACUGUUCUGAUA